AUGUCUACUUUAAACGUUUUGAGAUACUCUGCUUUAGCUCUAGGUGUUGUUGCCGGUUUCAAGACUGACUUGUCUUUGAAGUCAGAAGCUCAAAAGCAAGAAGAACAAAACCAAUUGCACGCUCAAUUGAAAUUAGUGGAACAAGCCAAGGCAGAAUACGCCAAGUUGCACCCACCAAAGAAGGAAAUUAAGGCUGCUACUGCUGGUUCUUCUGCCAAGAUUGAUUUGGAGGACCCUAACUUGGAUUAUGCUUCGGUCAUCUUGAGCGCUGUUGAAUCCUUGAAGCAAUAA